AAGAAUGUGAGGAGGAGAGAUAGAAACAAGAGUUUGAGUGAGCAUAGCGAAGUUACGGAAACUGGACCAAAAUUAAGUUAAGAAUUGUAGAGAAUUACCAAAAAGCUCCUCAGUUGGACAUCUGUAACCUGCUAAACGAGUGUGAAGCAGAGCAGUGUUGGGAUGAGCGCGACAAUGAACGUGACAGUAGUCUACAAGGGAAUAGCUAACAUCUACAAUGAGGGAAAUGUCUCUGGCAAUGGAAGCAUGAUGGGUGUCCUGAACAUCCCCGACUCCCUAAACAAAGCCAUCAAUAUCCUCACCGUCGUCAUUCUCUUCAUCGCCAUGAUAUCUCUUGGCUGUACGAUGGAGAUCUCCAAAAUGAAGACCCAUUUCUUUAAGCCAAAAGGAGUAGCCAUUGCACUGCUGGCCCAGUUCGGCAUCAUGCCCCUGACUGCUUUCACUCUAGCCAAAAUCCUACAGAUGGAGCCCAUCAAGGCUGUGACUGUACUCAUCUGCGGCUGCUGUCCAGGGGGAAGCUUGUCAAACAUUUUCUCCCUGGCUAUGAAGGGUGACAUGAACCUCAGCAUUGUGAUGACCACUUGCUCCUGCAUCGCUGCUCUGGGUCUGAUGCCGCUGCUGCUCUAUAUUUACUGCCAAGGCUUCACCGGGCUGGAAAAUGCCGUACCGUACGUCGGCAUCAUCUGUGCUCUGGUGUUUACCCUGGUGCCUUGUUCCAUUGGCAUUGCCAUUAAUCACUACAAACCAAACUAUUCAUCGAUCAUCCAAAAAGUUGGCCUCAGUAUCCUGAUAGUCGCCACCAUCAUAGUGUUCUCCCUGUCUGGUGUCGCCAUCAAAGACGUGUUAUGGAUGGCCCUCACACCUGAUGUUCUGGCCGUGGCUGCACUGAUGCCAAUGAUUGGCUUUACGCUGGGAUAUGUCAUGUCUGCCAUAUGCAGACUCAGUCCAAAAUGCAGCAGGACAGUCUCCAUGGAAACAGGUUUUCAAAACAUCCAGCUGUGCGUUACCAUCCUAAAAGUGGCCUUUCCCCCAGAGGUCAUUGGGCCCAUGUUUCUUUUCCCUCUGAUAUACUACACAUUUCAAUGUGCCGAGGGCCUUCUCCUGACCCUGUGCUUCAGAGGUUACCAAGCAUUCAAGCCACCGACUGAGGACGGUGACAAUGUUAAACAAGGGGAAAUGUCUCCCCAGUGCGGGAGCGGGAAAGACCUGAAUCCUAUCUACUGAGGAUGCAGUGUUCAGCGCCCUCGCUGUCUCCAUAACAACUGCAUAUUCUCCACUCAGGCCUGUGAUACGGACAGAAAGACUGUUGAAGCAGGUGGAACAACUAAUACUUUAUUAUUAAAAAUAAUGACAUUUUGUAUUUAUAUUUUUGUAUCUGCUGAAAUCUGCUAAUUUUAUGACUGACCCCUUGAGACUGAAUAAAUGAGUUUAAAUAUA